UAUCUGGUCCAAGCUGGUGUGUUGAGUGUUUUAAUAACCCUCUCUUUUUAUCUCCAUCUUUCAGAGCAGCGAGGGCAAGCAUCAUCCCCCCCAUCAGAGGAGGAGAGGAGAGGUGGAGGAGGAGAAUCCAACAAAGGGAACGACAACAAUAAGAACACAGAAGGUUCCGGAUUUGGAGUAGAAGACCAAAGGGGUUCUGUCCCAUCCCCAGCCCCAAUCAUCCCAAUCCGGUACCGCCGCUCUUCAACCCAGUGUCGUCUCCGCUCCAUCCUCCUCCAGGUACGAGAGCUGGGUCUGGGCUACGACGCGGACGAGACUGUCCUCUUCAAGUACUGCAGCGGAGACUGUCCCCGUGUCCGCUCCAAUUAUGAUCUGACCCUGACCAACCUGCUCCUGAGGGGGGCGCUGCCCGAGCAGAGUGGAGAGCUGUGGCAGAAUGGACCAUGCUGCAGGCCCACCCACCAUGAAGAUCUAGCCUUUUUGGAUAAUGCCCAUCGCUGGCACAAAGUGGAGAAGCUGUCGGCUGCAGGGUGUAACUGUGUGGGUUAAUGAGGAGGAGCUGGACAUGAAGGGGGAGGGCCGGGGACUGAACAUUCACUUUUGGGCCGUGGCCAUUGGCUGUUCAGAAUGCAAUGGGAGAGGCAUAGAAGCUCAGGCUGUGCUGUAAACAUUGAGAUCCAGGAGGAAAGAGAUUACGGAUGUAGCUAUUAUUUGCUAGAAAGAAAUGCAUUCAUUUUGCGUAUGUAUAUUUAUUUAAAGUUGCUUGAAUGGAUCUUAUUUUGCUGCAUAGAUGAAAUUAAUAGUGGUUAACACUAUGGUUGAUUGAGUAAAAUUGUAAAAUUGUCAGCAAACCAACAAGGUAUUUAUGUAAAAUAAAUAAUUUAUUUAUUUGAGAUGAUUCCUGUAUGAUGCUACUUAAUUUAUUUUGUCCAUGUGCCAUGUUCAUAUGUA